CAGUGAGGAGUCACGCUUUGAACACAUCUCUCAAAACACAGAAUCACAGUGAAAUAUUUAUAAAUAAGUGAAAGAUGGCGGAGGAAAAUGGAACUAUGCAGUACAACAAGGAUGAAGUGAAUCCACCAGAAUUUCUCAAUGAACAGUAUUUUGAAAAUGCUCUACGCAAAGCAGAAAACGACAAAGCUCUCAAGAUAACGAAUCUUCAAUUGCUUCCUGGCACGAAACCUGGAGAUCAUUUUGCCAGUAUUAUGUUCAAAGCCAUCAUUUCCUACACCUCGAAGGGAAAGGAAGUGAACUCCAGAUCACUCAUUGUGAAGACAAUGCCAAUUGAGGAUGGAAUUAAGAUGACAAUGCUGCAAGAAAUGCCCUUCUUCAAAACCGAAAUUAGCAUGUACACAGAAAUUCUGCCUGAAAUGAAGAGGAUUAUGGAGUCCAUUGGAGAUUAUGAAGAAAUGUUUCCAAAAUUAGUUUACUGUGGAACUGAACCACCGACUCUCAUCUUUGAAGAUAUCACAAAACACGGUUAUGCAAUGCACAAUGGAUUUUAUGAUUUUGAGAAUGCAAUGAAAGUCGUGAAAAAAUUGGCCAAAUUUCACGCACUUUCAUAUUAUAUGAAUGACAAUAAAUACAGCUAUAAAUUUGACUUCACACAAUUCAAGACGAUAAUGACGGAACAGAUGUUUGAAAAGUUCAAAAUCUUCUUCGAAGGAUUCGAAUACAUUAAAGAUGAAGUGGCAAGUUGGCCAGGAUACGAAUCAUUUGCCGAAAAGCUUUCAGGUCAGAGUAAAAACUUCUUCCACACUCUCCUGAAAGUCUACGAACCCAACGAUGAGCCCGAACUUAAUGUCCUUUGCCAUGGAGAUUUCCACAUCAGGAACAUGAUGUUUAUCGAGAAGGACGCAAACAUCGAUAAGACAAUGUUCCUGGACUUCCAAAUAUGUUUCUGGGGAUCACCAUUAAUUGACUUGUUCUACGUUCUAUACUCGAUUGGCAGCACUGAGUGCCGAAACCGCCGCGAAGAAGUGCUCACCAUCUACCACAAUUUCUUUUCUGACUACUUGAAGCAACUGGGAUGCCUGAGGAAGCCACCGACGCUGUUGCAGCUAAAUAUUGAAAUGCUGAAGAAGGGCACAAUGGAAGUCUUGUGGGGAAUUUGCUUUUAUCCAUUCUUCUGCUUGGAUUUCACAAAAGUUGAUAUGGACACCGUUGUCAAUCCAGACGAACAAAACAAGGAGAAUAUGAAGGAAUUGAUGUACAAAAACAAAGAGUAUCUAGCAGUCGUGAAAGAAGUCCUUCCUUACAUGGUCUACAAAGGAAUAUUAUAAUAAUAAGCUGGUAUUGUACACUCUCUAUGUAAGACAAACGCAAAAGUAUAAA